UAUAUUUACAGAGACAAAUGCUACCUAAAAUGCUGUUACUUUUACACAACCCAUGAUUUCAUCCAAUAAGUCGUGAGAUAAGAGCAGUAAUAAGAGGUUCAUGGUAGGCUGUAAGAUGGCCACAUACAUGAAAAGAAGAAGCUGUAUAAGAAUGGUCAAAUAGUACUUUGGAAAAAGGACAAGAUGAGCAAUCCACUUAGAGGAGAAGUUAUCAGAUUGUACAAGAAUCUUCUCUAUCUUGGAAGGGAAUACCCAAAAGGCACAGUCUACUUCAGGGAGCGCCUAAAAUCAGCUUUUCUGAAGAACAAAGAUGUCACAGACCCUGAGAAGAUCCGAAAGCUUAUUGAUCGAGGGGAAUUUGUGAUUAAGGAACUUGAAGCCCUUUAUUUCCUCCGGAAAUACAGAGCCAUGAAGAAACGCUAUUACGACCCAGAACACUGAGGCCAUCAUGUCUCUACAAAAUGGAGAUGAAAAUCUGUUUCAGGUUUAUCCUUUUUCCUUUCGAAGAUGAAUAUUACAGUGUUGUUGAUACAAUAUGUCUGUCCAUUGUACAGAUCACAAUGCCCAACCUGCCACGGGUAUUACUCACUUGAGAGGAAAUUCAAGCACUGCUUUAUAAUGAUUCAUGUCCUUAAAAAAAAGUUACAGUUUCAUAUUACUAUCAAAGACUAUUCUCAAUUGCCACUGAUUUUGUAAAUA